GUUUCACAUAAUUUGAAAGCUAAGGAAAGCAACGACAGUAGUCUUGUCACUGUUCAGAAGUAAAGCUGCAUAGUAUCUACAAUUAUCGCGCAAAGAGUGUUGUAGCAACUUAGAUCAUCUCUCCUCCUGCCUUCAACAUCUACCCCUCCAUUUCUCUUCACACCUAAACAGGCCAUUUUGUGCACGACCGCAUGCUCAGACAUCUCUACUUUUAAGCUUUCCAUUGUAUUUCAGCCUUACUGCCCUCCAGGGCCGAUUUCUUAUCUUUCACACCCAAUUCGUACAACCAUGACGUCCCGACUCCCUGGCGGCAACGCACCACGUCUCUCGACGGCACCAAGUAGUAGCACCAAGCCUCGACAACUGGUAUGACACUCAAAAAUCUCUUAUCAUCUCCAAACUUCAACGCCGCAGUUAGCAAUCCUGACUAAUUUUUCUAGUACCACCUGCACGCACAACUCGCUCAACUCUCGGCCAAUCUUGGAGAUCUUGAGAACCUUCUACGAAAUACUAGUAUACAAGCUGAGUCUAUACGAGGCUUGGGUGCUUUUCACGGAGGACUGUAAGUCUCCUUUUUGAACUCGAACAGAAAUCUCGUGGCAAACAAAUUAUCUAAUGAUUCUCUCGAUAGAUUCAUGGCAGCAAGCAAAGUUUUAGGAGAGGAGACGAUCGCGGGUAGCGCACAACAACAAAAUCAUGGACAGACACAGGGACAGGCAAAUCGGACAGCAGAGCGUAGGGAUGAUUCCGAUUCCGAUUCUUGAACGUACGUUUUGGUAUGGAUAGCAAAGUGUAGGAGGCAAAAGACAGGCCGCAUAUCUAUUCGAGCAUGGAGGCAGAAUACCUAAACCACACACGCAACAUGAUAUGGAAUGGCCGAUUUUCGACGUUGCCCAAGAAGAAAGCCGUCCCAGCUAGCACCACGAUUCCCACGAAGGCUUUCAGCAUGCACACCCUUAUUCUUUUCCCCUACUCCUCUGUGGCUUUUACCGUUCUAGACCACGAUCCUGCACGGACGAACAAGAUAGCAGCCCUAUCUAUGGAAAUAGUAAUCUUUAUGGCAUCCUAGGACAAUCAACGUGCUUCUUUCUGUGCCGAACGGCCCAAGAGCCACAAAAGCAAAAGGCAUAUCUCCCUCGCGUGGGGUCGAACCACGAACCUCUCGAUUUAUCUGCAAGCUUGAAUUGCUUCAAGUAACAGUCGAACGCGCUAGCCAAUUGCGCCACGAGGGAUAUUUGAUGGUGACCAGCCAACAUAUUGCAUUCUAUAAACACAAGAUGUCAAAAGACCCACAUUACUUAAGAAGGUGGGGGACGACAUGACCAAGAUAUCAACGACCAACAGCUGUGGAUGGUUGAUCAUGAACAGAAGGUAGAAGUUUAUGUGAGGAAUAAAAUACUGCCGUUAGGAAUUGUUACAUGCAGAGCAUUGCUUCGCCCGGGUUAUAACUCUAUCUUGUUGUCAGGGCCCAGGCGUCGGAUCUGUAGUGAUCGCUGCCUAAUAAUAAAUAUCUACUUGUUCUGGCAUAUGACUGUGAUAUGAUCAGUAGUCAAGAGCUUCUUGCCCUAGUUUCAAUGGACAGGCACACCAA